UCGUGAACCGCUCAAACCAACAGCUUCCUAUCGCGUACAAUCAUGCAAGAAUGUGGAUAUCAGCCCCCAAACGCACGAUAAUAUCGCGUAUAAAUAAGUGCGGCGCGUUGCCCCCAAAUCAAUUACGCCUAAAACUCCAAAUAACUCGACUCCAUCGCGCCGCCAUGUACUCUGACAAGUGUGACCCUCCAACAGUCGGCCGCUAUCCGGGCCUCGGCAUGAACCUUCGAUAUCAUAACUACCACCACGAAGGCGAAAUGUAUCCAACUGGAAUUCAUUACAACUCCCGGGGGGCUGAAUCCGAUAUGUUGCUUGUGCGAGAGGCUGCCAUGAUGAUUGUCAUGAAUCAAUUGACUGAUAAGCCUGACUGGCAUAUCAAGGUCUUUGACGACGCCAUCGCGGAGAAAUGGGUCCAGGAGGCCCUUGCGCUUCCAGUUGAUCCUUUAUAUGACGAGAUUGUGCAGCAUAGAAACCCCGGAUUCAGCAGCGGCGCUGCAUACGGCCCCGACAGGCUCAAGUACAUCCUAGAUCGGGGCUGUCUCAAAUACUGUAUCAAAGAGCUUCGUGUCAAGGCCAAAUUCUUUGAGAAAACAGGUCUCAUACCAGCUUUGGAUGCAAACGCAACCGUCAUCAAAUCAGAUACCUUCAUCGAUGAGACCCUCCAUAAGCGUCUUAGAAAUGCUUUUGCGAAGCUUAAGGAAGGACAGAAAGAUAACCCCGAUUGGCAUCCUCGAAGCAACGACAUGGUACAAAACCUCGUGCACCCGUCUCUCUAUCCCCUUGUCUAUGGUCGCUCUCGCGUAUUUCGCGACGAGGUAGUUGGCGUUGAAGAUGCAAUCGACAAAUGGAGCGGUAAAGGAGAAGUCAUACCUAAAAAACCAGUCGACAUACCGUCAGAAUACGAUGAUCGCUACCAUAUAAACUACUCGGUGCAAGGUAGUGAUGCCCAUAAAAUGUUUUGGUCCGAUGCCUAUCAGUGGCUUCCAUCCAACGUCAAACUCAUGGAUGAUGGAAGCGUCAAGCUAACGAGCUACAUUAACAACCUCCAUCCCAAGCAUCGUGAUAUCUAUGAAAUGGUUGAGGAACUCAUCGAAAGAGCUCUUCCUGCCUGGGAUCACUGUGUGGCGUUCUGUCGAGACUGGGACAUCGUCUCCGGUGGUCGGACCAAGUCUCGCUUCCCGCGACCUGAAAACCCCGAUGAUGAGAACGAGGCAAACUGGAGCCCGUCAAUCGAUGACUUUACGCCUCAUGAUGCAGGCGAAGUUGAGUAUGAAGAGGUCAUCAGAGACGCAGAUGGGGAUCUCCUUUAUGACACCCGCAAGCGAGACGCUUGGGAAAAGAUUAGAGAGCCCGUUCAACCAGAAGCCCCCGAGUUUAAAGCCUGGGACUAUGGUGUCAAGCCAGGAACGUCAUUGCGCGAGCGCUUCAAGGAUCUCCAAGUCAUCGUCAAAAUGGCUUCCAUCGAACUCACACCCGACAAGCCGAAAUUUCCCGCAGGAGGAUGGCAUGUAGAAGGUCAAAUGAACGAGCAUAUCGUCGGCACAGCCCUUUACUACCUCGAUUCUGAGAACGUAAAACCCAGUUAUUUGCAGUUCCGCAUGCAGACUGAUUAUUAUCAAGAGGACUGGAAUAUAGGCCAGGAUGCUUUUGGUUGGAUGGAGCAAGUUUAUGGUACCAACUUGAGAGGCGGGGAUUGUCUUCAGCGAUAUGGAAAGAUCGAGACGAAGCAGGGUAGAUUGUUGGCGUUCCCGAAUGUGUUUCAUCAUAGGGUUUCGCCUGUGGAGCUGGAUGAUAUGAGUAAACCGGGCCAUCGACGGUUUAUAGCACUUUGGCUUAUCGAUCCGAGGACGAGGAUCAUCAAUACGGGGAAUGUACCGCCUCAGCAGAAGAGUUGGUGGACGGAGAGUGCAUUUAGGAACCUGGGUGAGGAGAACGCUAGUAACGUUCCCAACGCUGUUGCGAAGUUGGUAUCUGAAGGAGAGCCAGAGCAUCCCGGUUUGAAAGCUGCAGCAGAGAGUGGUAAGCCUCUUCCGCAGGAAUUGGUGAAUAUGGUGGAGGCUGAGGCGGAUAAUUCGAUAUUGCCGAUGUCUUUGGAGGAAGCGAAGGAGCAUAGGUUGAAGUUAAUGGACGAGAGGACUAGUUAUCAGCGUGAUGCGGAGCAAAGUUGGUCUGGCAUCCAGUAUAGCUUUUGCGAGCAUUAGUUUUUGUGGGCUUAGUGUUAUGCUUAUUUCAAUAGACAGACUUUGAGGUUAAUGUAGGUCUUGAAGCAAGUUAUCGGUGUUAUAUUCUCUCUAAAAUAACUCGAUAAGGACAAUGGA